AUGCACCGCCUCGCCGGCCUCCGGCUUGCGAUACGAACCAUCUCCGUCUCGUUUUCGGUGCCGGUUUCUUCCACUGCCACUCGUGCGUAUGCCACGGGCGCUGCCGGCCCUAUCCGUACCUCCCGGAUUGGCGGCAAGACGACCCUGAGCCUGGAGCAUUUCCUGCAGCGGUCCCGGGCCCUGGCGCUGUACCGGACGAUUGUGCGCGGGACCCGGCAGAUCAGCGACCCGACGACGCGCGCCGAGACACGUCGCUUUGCGCGAGAAGAGUUUGAGCGGCACCGCGGGGUGACGGAUUUGACACAUAUCCGCUACCUGAUCUCAACGGGUAAAACUGAGUGGCAGAACACAGAGCGGUAUAUUGGCGGGAUGUAA